CCUUUCACUGUCUGCCUCCUUUUCCCAAGGUCUCCCGCCAGCCAUGCAGAAAGUCAUGUAUAAGGGACUUGUCCCUGAGGAUAAGACAUUGAGGGAAAUAAAGGUGACCAGCGGAGCCAAGAUCAUGGUGGUUGGUUCCACGAUAAAUGAUGUUUUAGCAGUAAACACGCCCAAAGACUCUGCGCAGCAGGAUGCCAAGGCCGAAGAGAACAAGAAGGAGCCGCUGUGCAGGCAGAAACAACACAGGAAAGUGUUGGAUAAAGGGAAACCUGAAGACGUGAUGCCAUCUGUGAAGGGGGCCCAGGAGCGCCUGCCCACAGUCCCCUUGUCUGGCAUGUACAAUAAAUCCGGAGGAAAAGUGAGACUCACCUUUAAGCUAGAACAAGACCAGCUGUGGAUUGGCACUAAAGAGCGGACCGAGAAGCUACCCAUGGGCUCCAUUAAAAACGUGGUCAGCGAACCCAUCGAGGGGCACGAGGACUACCACAUGAUGAGUUCUCCAGAAUGAAUUGACAAUAUACGUAAGUACCAUGUUUCUUGUGUCUGCUCUGGUCUGGUUUGUUUUUAAUCCAAUGCCUGUUUGGGAGGAGAGGAACGUAUCUAGUCUGUUAGAUUUGCGCUGCUGGAUUUUUUAAAAAGUGUAACCUUGACUAGCUGUCUUAUUGUUUAUCCUGUAAGAUUAGCCUAUCAAUUAAAGUUUGAUAAUUAAUUG